CACUGCACCCUGUGUGAAUAUUGCCAAGUUUUCACAUAUAUUUUCUAGACAAUAAUACUAUUUCUUCAUAUCAAUUAGUUUGAUUCAUGGGCAGAUCCAACGUGUUGCUGCAUCUCAGGAGAACAGCUAAGGGAGCGGAGACUAGUACUGGACUGAUCAGCAAAUACUUAGGAAGAGAAGCUGGGACGCAGCAGCCGGCUGAUCUAAAGACAAAGAGUGGUGGUAGUACAGGGAAGAGGGCAGUACUGAAUUCAUCAUAUUCAUGCUUGUGGGUUCCACACCCAAGGACUGGAAUUUACUUCCCUGUUGGCCAUGACUGGGUAAUGGAAGAUGUUCCUGAGGAUGCUGCCACCUUCCCCGAGACCUGUUGCUUCAGAAACGAAUGAGACCUGUUCAUUAGCUACUGUGGAGUGUGAAGUGAACAACAAUCACAAGAAAAUAAAUUGAACUAUAUGAAUCAACUUAAUUUGUUCAAAUUAAAUGAACUAAUGUAAUGUAUUACAUGCCUCCAUCAUCACCAGAAAAUAAAUAUACUAUACUAUGUUAUAUA